CAGAAUCUGAACGCGCAGGAGCAGAGAAAUGAAACCUACAUGUCUGAAAGGGAAACGUUUCUUAUUCAAAGGACGAGCAGUCCAGCAGACAUGGCCUCAGCUUGCAGCAUCCUGUAUGAAGAACAGGUCCUGUGUUCAAUCUGUCUGGGUGAGUUCAAUGAGCCCGUCUCCACUCCGUGUGGACACAACUUCUGCAAGGGCUGCAUCACCCAGUACUGGAAGAGUCAGGACAAUGCACAGUGUCCACUCUGUAAGAGAAGGUUGGGUAAUAAACCAAAGCUCAAGGUCAACACAGAAUUCAGAGACAUGGUGGAGCAUUUCAACCGCAUGAGAGUACAGGGUGGACCUAAGAUCGUCGCCCAACCAGGAGAGGUCCCCUGUGACGUCUGCACCAAACCGAAGCUCAAAGCCCACAAGACGUGCCUGGUGUGUUUGGCCUCGUAUUGUGAGCCACAUCUGGAGUCCCACCAGAACCUGAAGAAGCACAAGCUGAUCGAUCCUGUGUCCAACCUGGCGGACAGGGUGUGCAAGAAGCACGACAAGAUGCUGGAGCUCUUCUGCCGCACAGACCAGCAGUGUGUUUGCAUAAUGUGUUUGAACGACGACCACACGGGCCACGAGGCUGUUCCACUGGAGCGCGCCUUCCAAGAAUGGAGAGGCGGGUACGAGAACGUGACCUCUGAGAUGAAAAAGACGGAGAACUCCAUAUCAGAGAGUGUUAAAAAUAUCAGAUGCUUUGUGGAGCAGAGCAGGGAAACUACAGCGGAUGAGAUCAGAGAAACUGUACAAAUUCUAACUACUUUCGUAGCCUCUGUAGAAAAAUAUCAGGGUGAGCUGGUUGAAGCGAUUGAGCAGAAGCAGAAAGACAUAGAGAAACAAGCUGAAAAUCAAACAACUCUGCUGGAGCAAAGCCUUUCUGAAUUGAGAAGACUAAGAUGUGACGUUGAACAAUUUAUUCAGUCAGAAGACUACCUCUGCUUGCUGCAGAACUUCCCAUUCAAUGUAACAUCUGACAAUACUCAUCUGACGGACCAACCCACUGGCUCCAUUUUGCGAAUGACACAAGACAUUCCUGACAUUGGUCUGCAUCGUCAUAUAGAGAUGGUGAAAAAGUCAGUUGGUCAGAUUGAAGAAACACUCAGAAAUGAGAUGGAGAUGCUGAUCCAAAAGGUUAGGUCGUCUGAUUCUUACGAUGCACCUACACAGUCACACGUAGUCGAAAAUAUGGCAGAUAACAAUUUUCUCCCCGAGUUGUGGAGUCAGCCUCAGGGCGAGCUGAUGAAGAUCCAGCAAUCCAAUGCGGUGGACCUGACUCUGGACCCCUACACAGCCAGCAAUUGGCUCAAGGUGUCUGAUGAUGGGAAGCGACUGACCUCUCGUGGACGUCAGCAGAUCUUCUCCUCUUUCUUUGGCAGGCCAUUUAAAUACCUUCCUUACGUACUGGCAAAGGAGGGAUUUUCGUCAGGCAGGUUCUACUAUGAAGUCCAGGUUGGCGGCUGUAAAAGAUGGCUCUUAGGAGUGGUCAAAGAGUUUAUUAACAGAGAGAUGUAUUCCGUUCCUACCCCUGAGGAUGGGGCGUGGAUAUUGAACAGACCGAGCAACAUGUUUCUGACCGUUGGGGUGUUUGUUGACUAUGAGGAGGGUAAAGUUUCUUUCUACAAUGUGGAAGCCAGGUCUGAGAUAUUCACAUUUACAGGAUGUUCAUUCAAGGAGACAACACCUCUGAGAUCAUUUCUUUCUUCAGUGGCAGGUAUUUCAUCCAUUCACAGACCAAAAAUAUACCCUGUAUUUGGAAUAUAUGAUUAUUAUUAUGGGGAUAAUAUUGUUAUCACCCCUGUAAGCAAACCUUAAGCUACAGUAAGAGGUGAGGGGAAAUCUGUCUGACUAUAAAGUUCAGAAUAAUAUGAAUCAUUCUCUUAUUUUUGCCAGAUGGCCUACCAGUCUGAAAAUGAGUCACCGUUUGUUGUGCAUUUUCUGCAAUACUCAAAUCUGACCACUAAGUGGCACUAAUGUUUUAUAAAUAUUCAACUCCAUUACUAGCGUAUCAGUUCAUUGGGUCCCUCACAGCUUAGGAACAAAUAAGAAAUAUCUGAAGAUAAAGAAUAGAAGAAGAUCAAAGGCUUAUUAUUUAGCCAGACUAAUAUUACAAAUAUUUUUUCUCCACCCUAUAGCCGCAAACUUUAAUACAUUUUUUUGGGGGGAGGGGGGGAUUUCAGGUGCUGCAUUAAAACAAAGUGUGAAAUGCAUUUCUUAUUGGGACAGAGUCACCUCUUUCUGUGCAAAUACAUGUUUACACCCUUGCUGUUAUUUGCAGAAUUUUUCUGCACACUUAUUUCUAAAAACAUUUCUAUUCUUAUUUGCAUCUAUUUUUUCUUUUUUGCUUUUUGUAGUUUGUUUUUUAAUGCAUCAUUACACACAUUUCGUACAUUUUUAAUGAUCCUGUGCAGUUGCACAUUUGUUUUCUUUUGAGCAUGGUGAUUUUAACCCAUUUAAUCCCACCGACAUCAAUUGUUGCCAGACAUUUUUUUUAUCUUCUGGAAGCUCUAGAACAAUUGGUUUGACUUUUGGCAGCUAAUCGAAGUUUUAAAAUAAAAUAAUAAUGUGUCUACUCUAAGCAAUAUCAAUUUCAUGCAUCUAGUGUGAAAGGUCACAUGACCUGAUCUCUUUACUUUCUGCCUGUAACGCUGGAGGUAAAUGUCAGUCACAAACCUGUACAAGAGGAAGCCAGUAAAAUACUAAAUAAACAAAUAUAAAUUAAAUAUUUUGGACAUAUGUUCUUUAAAGUGUCUUCUACUGAUAUAUAAAGAAAAUUGUGUCCCUUCAAUCAUCUUUUGAUCAUAAGAAGAGUGAAUGUAAGCAUGGCAACAAUUGUUGGCGCUAGCAUAAUACAUAGACAGCGCUAUGCUAUAUGUCCAUAGCUUUCCUGUGUAUUCUACAUGCCUUGCUGUUCCCACACAGCUUAAAACUGUCAGACAUUUUAGAUCUUUUAGACCUGAAGGAACCUCAAAGAGAUGUUUUCUACAUCACUGUCAUUCCCACAGUUGAACCCCUCCCCUAUUUCACCACCCAAAACGCGAUCCUUUGCACAAAAUGUGGCCUAUGCACUGAAGUUUUGAAUACAAGAUGACACCACACCUGAAACUACUUUAGGACAGAGCCAAGGUGUAGCGCUUGGUCUGGUGGAACAGGGAGAUUUUCCUCUCAGAUGCAGAUUUGUUCAUACUAACAUUUUCACCGGAAUUUGCCUCAUUGAUUAAAUGACCAAAUGAGGUCAAAGGUCACACGAUGCAUUGAGACUAUGACAUCUGCAGGAUGUGGCAUUGAAUCUUUAUGUAUCUAAAAUAUUUCUGAACACUCUUGUAACCAUUCUUUGUUAUAAUAGAUUAUUAAUUUAAUAAGUUUUCUCAUUUUUUAUAUGUAUAAAUAGGCCAGAUUUGUGUAAUUCAGACUCUGCAGUUUCCCACCAGCAGCAAUUGUUGCCAAGUGUAAAACCUACAUGUUCACUAACAUAAAAUUUAACCAACAUAAAAUGUUAUAAUUCAUAAAUAUCAUGUGUUAGGGAGGUCCAGGGAUUGAAAUGCAUCCACUUAUUUUGCAGGAAAAAAUUUGGGAUUAAGCAAGUUAAUAACUGCACAAUAUAAUUUUUCUAAUGCUUUAAAUCUGCCAUUACUGAACAAUCUUACUUUGAUCUACUUUACCUUUGUGUGAAUACGAAUGCUUUCACUUAUCUCUAUCUUGCUGAUGAAUUUCCUCAGUGGGACAAUGAAUUAUAUUAUAUUUCUACUACAUUCUAAAUGAAGCCU